UUCCAUCUUCUUCUAUCGCCCUGAACAGUUUUUGAAAGUUCUGAAUUGAAUAAUACCGUAGAAGAAGAAAGCGUUAAAAGAACAUGAGAAGCGACGUUGUUGUGGAGGAAAGCUUCUGCUUCAAGGAAGAAACCCAGCUAACAGUACUUAAGACAUCUCACUUCUUCGUCGGCGAUGGUUUCUCCGUCUACGACACCAAAGGAAAGGUCCUUUUCCGGGUAGACUCUUACGGCCCCGAUUCCCGACUCAAAGACGAACUCGUUCUCAUGGACGUCUCUGGCAAAUGUCUCCUCACCGUCCGCAGAAAGAGACCGAGUCUUCAUCAACGAUGGGAGGGAUUCUUAGGAGAGAGAUGCGAUGGAAAGAAGCCCAUCUUCAGUGUAAGGAGAUCAUCCAUCCUCGGACGGUCAAGCGUGACAGUGGAAGUGUAUGGAAACCCACGUGAGGAGUACCUGAUCGAGGGUUCGUUCCCACAUCGGUGUUGUGCGUUCUACAAAACCACUACUACGAACGAAUCGAAGGAACCGGUGGCGAAGAUCCAAAGGAAAGUGGACUCUUCAACGAACGUGAUACUGGGGAAGGAUGUCUUCUCUCUCUGUCUUAAGCCUGGCUUAGAUGCUGCUUUCGCCAUGGGAUUGGUACUGGUUCUUGAUCGGAUCAACGGUGAUUAUGCCGAUGAUGGAGAUAUAACUGACCCCACCAGCCCUGAGCCUUGACUACGUACCAUCCUGAUU